UGCCUUUCAUUUACUAUCUCUUUGAUACGGUGCUCGACGCGUGCGCAAUCCCCCAGCCUGGAAAAACGUGGAAACGUGCUUUGUUUUGGUUCUAACGGUCGAUUUGUGUCCUGUGCGUGCGUUUCGUUUCCGUCUGUGUUGUUGUGCUUCCCGUUUCGUGUUGUCAGUCGUUCCUAUGUGAUACCGCUGGAUUUUCCGUUUUGUUUUUCCGAUUCGCCGCCGUUGAUUCCAAUCCAUGCGACUGUGAAAGGCUUGAUCGGCUGAUUGGUGUCUUCGGGUGGGUGUUUUGUUUUGUUUUUGUGCUCGUCUCCUGAGAACGGCGUCAAAAUUCGGGUCAAAAAUAGAGAGCCCGUCCCUGUCUACCAGAUGGAGGAUAUGGAUCAUCGGGAAAGCGAUCUCGAGGGCAGCAUGUCGAGUCCAGAAAUGAGCGAUGGCGAGGAUAUGGGUGACGAGGACAUUGAUGACCAAAUGCACCGAGAAAUAGAAGAACACAACGACGAUGAUCGGAAAAAGUUGCGGAUGGCGGAGAAGAUGGCAAAGCUGACGAAGAGCGCCUUGUUCCACGAGAGGGAUCGGAUAAUCAGGCGGGGUGGCUCGGGGCUCUCGUUCUCGCAGGCGGAGGACAUGGGGUUGCUGACGCCUACGGCGACGGCGGCCUCGCCGAUGGUUCCGCCGCCUCCAUUCUCGCUGCCGCUGCCGUUCCCGUUCCUCCACCCGGCCGCCGCCCUCCCCUUCCUCCCGCCCUCGGCCCCGGUCAACGUUCAUCAGACAUCAUCCGCCUCCUCGCACUCAUCCGAGUCCUCCUCGUCGUCGCAGCAAACUUGGAGCUUCGAGGAGCAGUUCAAACAGGUGCGUCAGUUGUACGAGUUGAGUGACGACCCAAAACGGAAGGAGUUUUUGGACGACUUAUUCAGCUUCAUGCAAAGGAGAGGUACUCCUAUCAAUAGGCUACCCAUAAUGGCAAAAUCAGUAUUAGAUCUUUAUGAGCUUUAUAAUUUGGUCAUCCAGCGAGGAGGACUUGUCGAUGUAAUCAACAAGAAAUUAUGGCAAGAAAUCAUCAAAGGUCUCAAUCUACCGUCAUCAAUCACAUCUGCUGCUUUCACACUUCGAACACAAUACAUGAAAUACCUGUACCCGUACGAGUGCGAGAAGAAGCGUCUGAGCUCGCCGUCGGAGCUGCAGGCGGCCAUCGACGGGAACCGGCGGGAGGGGCGGCGAGGGAGCUACGGGGCGAUGGCGUACGCGGACAUGGUGCACCGGAGCCCGACGAGCAUGGUGGACAUCCCGCAGUCGGUGUCGCCGGCCCAGCCGCAGCCGCAGCCUCAGCCGCUCAACCUGGUCACCACCACCUCCCCGAGGCGCCCCCACUCGGCCCACUCGGCCACCCUCAACGGCAACGGCAACGGGCACCACAACAACCACCACAGCGCCCACCACCCCUCCCGCGACUCCACCGCCACCGUCAACAGCCACCUCAGCUCGCACAUGUUACCACCCUCCUCAGGUGAUGAGAGCAGUCGACCGGGGUCCAACAACAGCUCACUUGUUGUGAGUAUGGACAUCAACGGAAUUAUGUAUCAAGGUGUUCUUUUUGCGCAGUCAGCUACUAACUCGGCAUCACAGAACAGCCGGCCAAGUAUGAUCGCCUACAUGCAACAUAAUCACGAUUAUCUUUUCCGGUGUGAUUCUAAGGAUUCUCAAAGCCUCUCUUAAAGUGAUCUUAAGCCAUUACUCCGGUGGAAUUUGAAUGAUUGUUUUCAAUAUUAUUCUCUCUCUUUGGGUGCAUUCUUAUUUGUAAGCUCUGAGCAUGUAAAACAUCAGAGUCUGAUGCAAAACUUCCAGAGAUAGGUAAAGGGACAGGUUUCACACAGCACUCUUCUGAGCGACCUGUGACGCGAAAUAGUUUGCAAUACAGUUAAUGGGUGACGAAAAAUUCAUCCUUCACCUCAGAUCAAAUAUUUAAAGUAGUUUUAAUAUCUGAUUACAUUAAAUUGCAAGUCGUAUUUCAACAUAAUAAUUUUUUCCUGGCAAUGAACAAGCCGUUUCUACAGAGAAUUAGGGUUUAGAUUAUUUUAUUGGGUGCUUUCCAGUUUUUCCAGUUGUUCCAGUCAUUAGAUUUCUAAAAAA